UCUCCCUCUCUCUUUCUCCCCCUCUCAUUGUUUCCCACACUCCGUGUCGCCGCCGGGCGUCGGAUCCAGUUGACAAACCGGCAGCCGCGCGACUGGAUGGGAAGAGCGCGCAGUUUUUGGAGUCUUUUGCGCAUUUGUCCCUGGAAAACCCCACUGUGGAGCGUGUUUGCGGACCAUCCAGGAAUAUUGUCCAGCUCAAAGAAAAGCGAAGAAGAGAGAGUGAGAGCUAAUUGGGAUGAGAGUUAAAGUCAUGUCAGACUAAAGCCUCUUAGCGCGCGGAGAGAGGCAGGAAAACAACCCAAGUGUGUUGGUGUUUGUGAAACAACAUCGCAUCCUCAAGGGGGGGAUCAGGUGUGAGUGGGGGCGGGUGGGGGACCAGUGGAAACAGGGGGGGUCUGUGCCGCUCUGGUGGCGAUGAAGCGGAGUUUAACUGACUGAGGAGGAAGAGAGGGGGGUGUGGACGCAUCGUUCUAGCGCACCGGUCCGCGAUCGCUCUCCGCGCGGGGAUGGAGGACGCCAGCGCGCGCAGGAUCCGCCGACUCGAUCCACGCGGACCCAGGAGGGCGCAGAUGAGGGCUGAGGCGCAGCGGGCGCACCUGCACCUGCAGCGCACCGUCAUCCUUCUCUUCGCGCUCUCCAUUCACCCGCAGGGUGUGUGUGCAGUCGGGAUGUUCGAGCUUCAGAUAAGACACUUCCAGAACCCAAACGGGCUUCUUCAAAGCGGAGACUGCUGUGACCUCCAGGUCAGCCAGCGCUGCUCCUCGCGAGACCAAUGUGACACCUUUUUCCGAGCGUGUCUGAAGGAGUACCAGACUCGCGUCGCCCCGACCGGAGCCUGCACCUUUGGGUCCGGUAGCACUGCCAUUCUUGGAGGGAAUUCACAGUCGCUCCGCCACCGAGGCCACGACAGAGGAGGACCCGGGGAGGAAGGGAGCGACGGACUCAUUGUCAUUCCCUUCAAAUACGCCUGGCCGAAGUCCUUCUCGCUGGUGUUGAUGGCUCUGGACUACGACAAUGAGACUUCAGAAUCAGAUCAGCUGAUCGAUCAGGUCCUGCUCUCGUCCAUGUUGAACCCAGGAGAACAGUGGCAGACUCACCGGUACCAUGGGUCCGCGUUCAAUCUGGAGUACCGACUUCGCUUUCGCUGUGACUUCAACUACUACGGCCCAUUGUGCAACAAGUUCUGCCGAGCGAGGGACGACUUCUUCGGUCACUUCAGCUGCGAUCUGAGCGGAUCCAAGGUCUGCAUGGAGGGAUGGGCCGGUCCGGAGUGCAAAGAAGCGGUCUGCAGGCAGGGCUGCCACCAGAUCCACGGCUCCUGCACUGUUCCUGGAGAAUGCAAGUGUCAUUACGGCUGGACGGGGUCGCUGUGUGACCAGUGUGUGACCUUCCCCGGGUGUGUGUAUGGUACCUGCACUGAGCCCUGGCAGUGUGUGUGUGACGUCAACUGGGGAGGACUUCUGUGUGAUAAAGAUCUGAACUACUGUGGAACCCACCAGCCCUGCAUGAACGGCGGAACCUGCACCAACACGGAACCAAACGAGUACCAGUGUGAAUGUCAGGAAGGAUUCAAGGGCCGCAACUGUGACAUUGUGGAACAUGCAUGUGUGUCGUCUCCAUGUAUGAACGGAGCUACAUGUGUGGAAGACCCGACAGGCUUCAGCUGCAUCUGUACCAACGGCUGGACCGGACUCACGUGUGCAGAUGCGGUGAAGCAGUGCGAUCGAAGCCCCUGUAGAAAGGGAGCGACCUGUCAGGAGGUCGCCGGGGGUCUCUUCCGCUGCCUCUGCCCACCCGGGUGGAGCGGCAGAACGUGCCAACUGGACACCAACGAGUGUGAGCAGAGAAUCUGUGUCCACGCUCGCUCCUGCCGAAACCUCAUCGGAGGCUACCUGUGUGACUGCCUGCCUGGGUGGAGCGGACCAAGUUGUGAUAUCAGGAACAGCAGCUGUCAAGGUCUGUGUUUGAAUGGAGGACAGUGUGAGGAUGAAGUGUCAGGGUCCAGAUGUUUGUGUCCACCUGGUUAUUCGGGAAAACACUGCCAAAUCGCCCCAAGUCCUUGCAAUAGCGCCCCCUGUCUUCAUGGAGGAGAAUGUGUGGAUGAAGAGGCGCACACCUUCACCUGCAACUGUCCCAUUGGAUAUUCUGGGAACUUCUGUGAGGUCCCAUUGGAUCUCUGCAACCCUAACCCCUGCCAACAGGGGGCGCCGUGUCGAAUCAGCGAGGGUCAGGUCAUAUGUGGGUGUCCUGAUGGUUACCAUGGUAACGAGUGCAUCACCUUCAAGAAACCGUGCGUUGGCUCCAAGUGUCCAGACGGCGUGUCUGACAAGGCUCACGGGGGCUUCAGCGUCUACAUGUUGCUGGUGGGUGUGGUGGCUCUGGUGAUGGUCUGCUGCUGCGCCGCCUGUGCCUUCAUUCUCACCCACCUCCAUCAGAAGCGGAAAAAGCAGCAGGCUGUGCCGCCGGAGGAGGGCAUCAACAACCAGAGGGAGUUUGUCAACCUCAUCAGGAACGUGGAGCGCCCCGCCCCCCUGCAGUCGCCGGCCGCUACUCCCGCCCCGCCUCCCGCCCCUGCUCCUGCCCCCCGCUGUUACGAGGAGAUUGAACUGACUCUCCCCCCGUCUCCGGCCCCCUCGCAUCCCUCGCCGGCGCUGAAGCCGCUUCACGCCGCCAAACUUGACAUUUCAAACCGCGAGAGGGAAAAACUGAACCGCUUUAACCAGACGGAAAACCAAGACAUUGAAGUGUGCCCUUUGAACUCUUAAGUCCAUGAGAGAUGUUUUAUUGAAGAAUGCAGUUUUCAGCAUCACGACAUGCUGUUAUGGCAGCUGAGUGAACCUGUCAGACCUUCGCCUCUGUCAACACCACUGCAUGCAGCAGCAGCAGCCACCUGAGGUUGAACCGUGGACCUCUCUCGAGUUUUGCCCUGCAGUGCCUGAGUCGCUUUCCCUGGGGGGAAUUGAGCCUUCGGAUUUGGGUCUAGACCACUAGGUGCGUGUCAGUGAGAGAGAUCAGUGUGUCGACACAUGUAAAGUCCAACUGAAAUUGAAAUGUGUUUUCACAUUGGCAUUUCAUGACAGGAUCGUGAACCUAAGUGUCUCUAGUUUUCAUGUCAAAGAAGUCAACAUUGUUAGCAUGAUGGAGCACGCAAGCUAACAUGAUUCAUCAGCACAAGCAGAACACAAAGACUAAGGUUUCAAUGAGACUGUUUCUUUAGACUCCUGUGAUGAAGAGCAAAACAUCUCUGUGACCAAAUCCUGCUGUCAGUGCUCUUACUGUCUGACACAGGUUUACUGACUGAAACUCACAGUUCUUUCUAAAACAAGCAGAAAUUACAGCGUUGAACAAACCUUCCUUCAUUCUGCUGAAAUAUAUAUAAAUAUCCAAAGACAACUGCCUUUAACAGGAUUUCAAACUACUUUUAUUCUGUGGUGUUUCAUAUCUUUAAUGCUGUGCUGUUUGUUUCUCCAUUACAUUUUCAUAUCAAACACUUUAUGACUUGUGUUUCAGAAAGCUGCUGUUUAAUUAGGAUUAUUUAUUCGCUGACGUGCAGCAGCAUCUCCAACAGAGUCUGUGGUUCCUGUGGUUGGGUAACAGAGCUCAGCCCAUACAGAGUGUUUGGUUAAGAAAAAAUGAAAAAUGAAAAAAAUGUCUAGAACCUGUGAAACUGGAUUCAUCUGGCCGCUGUGGAGACUUUUAAAUUGUCAUUUUGCAUUUCUCAGCUUCCUUUACUCUGUCUGAUGUCAUCAGUUUUGAAUGUGAUGAGGUCACCGUUUGCAUGUUGUUCACCUCAUGUUCGCCACAGUUCUUUCGCUGCAUAACACCUGUCCAAAAAUCAAUAUUAGAAUUUUGGCUACUUUCUAGUUAUUACAGUAUUUCAAAGCAUUUUGGAUAAAAUGUAAACUUUUUUUUUUCUUUUUGGAAUAAAUGCUCUAAAGUUUGCUACAUGUGAAUAAGAUUACAAAUAAAUAUAUCUUUAUAUUUAUUUUAAAAAUCUGGAUUUCAUUAAUACAAAAUAAAUCCAUUUUUGCUUUUUUUGCCACAUUCAUUUUGAAAUAAAACCAUUUACAUUUCAGUAGUUUGAUUGAGAAUUUUAAUGUACGGUUGAACAACUGAAAUCAAUUUGUGAAUUUUAAUCUGGUUGAAAUUUUGAGGUGAAAUAACUACUUUGUAAACCCAUGAAUUAAAUAGAUUUAAGACCUUAGCAUUAAUUUUCUAUUGGACUGUGAAACCAGAUUCAGUUCAUUGUCUCUUUUUUUUGCUUUAUUUUUAUGUUUUAUUUUUAUUAUAAAUAAAUGAAUUAAACAUCAGAGUCAGGGAAUUUUGAGAAGCUAUUCUCCAAAUCACUCUCACUUUUUGCGAAAUUACGCAACAUGAUUUCAGUUGGACUUUAACACUGAGUAUGUUUGUGUGUUUGUGUGUAUGAGUCUAGUAUAUUUUGUGAGAAAAAGACUAAAGGCCAGAAACAGAUUUUCGCUGUUGCAGCAAACAAACUGACUGUGCUCUCCUGAGGCCUCGUGAUGAGUGAACACCACUACCCACCGCUGCCUGUACUGGUUGUGUAUCACUUGAGCUGUUUAAAGUUGUAUGACUUUUUUUCAUACCUAUGUGUAAUAUAGCUGUUUUUGUAUAUAAAUAUGUUGUAUAUAUUGAUGCUUCUUUUGUACUGGUGUUCUGUCUGAGAUUAUUGUUACUACUUUGCUUUUUGCUUGGUUUGUUUCCAGUCGGUUCGGAGCUACCGGCACAUGUUGAUUGUAAUAAAAGUGCAUUUAACAGCUGUGUUAUAGUUCAUUUACUAUACGCAA